UAACCUGCCGUUUUUUAACUUUUUCAAUUAAAAUGAACAAAAUAUCGUGUGCAUUUAUUCGAAUUUUACAGCACAGCAACUCUUAUGGCGGUGCGACAGUGCUAGGUCGCCAAUUAUCUUAUAAAAGCGACUUGUCGUUGGACAAAAUAUAUCCAAACGUUCGACUGCAGCUCUACACGCCGCCACCGCCUCCCAGCGACGGGGACAAGUUUAAUGGUUACGUUCCUAUGGAUAAACUUGAGAUAACCUACAGUCGCAGCUCAGGGCCAGGUGGUCAGCAUGUCAACACGGUGAACACAAAAGUGGAUGUGCGCUUCAAGCUGGCCGAGGCAAAGUGGAUACCCGAUAAGACGCGUGCGAAGCUACUGAAGGCAUUGCAGAACAAAAUCACAAAGGAGGGAUACUUUUGCAUCAAAAGUGACCUGACACGCUCACAGCAGCUCAACUUGGCUGAUGCGUUGGAAAAGCUGCGUGCAAUCAUUCGGGCCCAAGAAGUAGAGGCUGCGUCACCUAGCGAAGAGACACUGGAGAAGAUUAGGCGAAGGCAGGAGAAAGCCGCCCGCCAGCGGCUGCAGCUGAAACGUGGCCGUGCACAAGUAAAAGCUGAUCGUCAAGGACCCAGUGCCGUUGAUUUUUAGUUUGUGAUAGAGACAAAUCAGUUAAUACAUAAAUAAUAAUGUUGAUUAUACAGUGGUA